AUGGCCACGAGGAGGAGGCGGAAAAUGGCCCUUGUCCUGUGUCCCGAGAUGCCGCAGCCCAUCCCGAGRGACACCGGCGCCAGGCCCGAGGACCCCGACAGGCUCAGCUGUCAUUCACUGUGCGAAUCGCUGUUAUCCUGUGGGAGCGGAUUCAACAAUUUCCAAGGCAUUUUUAACUGGUCGGUGGUUCUGCUGGUUCUCACUCAUAUUCACAUGAGCCUGGAGAAUUUUAUCAAGUACGGACUUCUCUUUGAUCCCAUAAAGAUCAUCUCAGUUUUCAUUAAAGACCCCUAUAAGUGGCCAGCAAUAUAUCUCAUUGCCGGUAAGCUAGCAAGGUUGAGUGUCAGCAGCCAAGUAUUCAAGACCAUCACAUUUAAAUUUAUAGAAAAGUAUUUAAAAAAGGUCCGUGGCUCUGGAUUCCUGGGUUUGGCGCUGCAGACUCUUAACUUGCUCUCCCUGGUGGCGUUCCCGGCUGUGAUGGUUUAUAGAAUGAAAGCCAUAACUCCAGUUGGAGGGCUGCUGACCAUGUUUGUGUAUCUCAUCAUUACCCUGAAACUGUUCUCAUACUACCAGGUGAAUCGCUGGCAUAGGGAGGCAAACCCCAAAUCUGUCCGAGGAAGUGCCAGGAUGCAAGCAGAAUACUCCAGCUACCACCCCAGAAGGAGUGAAAGAGGACAGUCAAAGCAGAUUGUCUACCCAAUGAACCUGAAAGUAAAAGACUUGUAUUAUUUUCUGCUAGCCCCAACACUUUGCUACCAGCUGAAUUUCCCACGGCUAAAGCACUGCAGACAUGGCUAUGUCCUUAAGAGGCUGCUUGAAAUGGUAUUUCUCUUUCAUCUCAUGCUGGGGCUAAUUCAGCAGUGGAUUGUACCAAACAUACAUAAAUCAAUGAAGCCCAUCAUGGAAAUCGAGUCCACCUUGCUCACAGAAUACCUCCUGAAGCUGGCGGUGCCAAAUCACUUCAUCUGGCUGAUCUUUUUUUAUUGGUACUUUCACUCCUGCCUCAAUUGCCUUGCAGAAUUGCUGCGAUUUGGUGACCGGCAGUUUUACCUGGACUGGUGGAAUGCAGACUCAGUCUUACAGUUCUGGUCCAGAUGGAAUAUCCCGGCUCACAGAUGGCUAGACAGACACGUCUACAAGCCCUUGCUGCACCACGGCUAUGACAAGUGGCAGGCCCGCCUGGCUGCGUUUCUACUCUCUGCGUGUUUCUUUGAGUAUCUGAUCGCCAUCCCACUGAAGAUGUUCCGGUUUUGGUUGUUUGCUGCGAUGCUCUCUCAGAUCCCACUCUCUUGCCUGUUGAAAUGGCUUUUUGGUGGCAGCUAYGGUAACAUCCUCAUGUGGAUCAGCCUGGUCCUGGGGCCUCCUCUCAUGGUGCUGUUGUACUUCCAUGACUAUUACAUCCUCCACUACCGGAAGGACUCCGCUUGGAAACUGUUUUUCUGAUGACGUGCCCAGAACCCAGUUGCCCUGCACUUUCCAUCUUCCUUUCUACACAGCGGGUGCAACAAAACGUAGCUUGAGAUGCAUCCCCAAGUUUGACGUACCCUCAGCUUUAAUAUGGMAUGAUCUACCUAGGAUGUAAAAGUCCACCUGGCUGCAGAGCUGAAGACAGGGAAUUGAAGGCUGGUCUCUGUCCAUCUUGAAAGUGAGUGAGCAGAGCAGAGGUGUGAGAGCUACAGGUAUUUUUGGCUUUAGUCACCUCUCACGCAAAACCUCUUCCACUGAAAAUUCUGCUGAAUAUAAAUACAAGCUGUAACAAAAGCUUCU